UGUAUCGCUCUGCCCACCUCGAGUGUUGAUUGACUCUCUCUCUCUCAGUUGUUCCACGCAGCGUGGAUGUGGACAUCUUUCGCGUUUGUGUCUCUCAACAAAAUCUUUCCGUCCGUUUCGUCGGCGUCCGAUGAGUUGUCUUGGCAGCGGGCUCGAAACGUCCCUCGUGUUCUUUGUCCUCGCGCAGACGUCCUGUCCUCUUCAGGCGGGAUGUGCCGCUAGGAGCUCGGCGUCAGCCUGACGGAGGACAUGGACAACAUCGGGGUGUCGUUCCUCGAUCCUCUGGACGACUACGAGCUCAUCCACAGGAUUGGGUGCGGCACCUACGGGGAUGUCUUCAAGGCUCGCAACAUCCGCACAUCCAAACUGGCAGCCAUCAAGAUUGUCAAGUUGGACCCAGGCGAUGACAUCACGUCCAUCCAACAGGAGAUCACCAUGAUGAAGGAGUGCAAGCAUAAAAACAUCGUGGCUUACUUUGGCAGUUACCACAGGAACACCAAACUGUGGAUUUGCAUGGAGUACUGCGGGGGAGGCUCCCUCCAGGAUAUAUACCAUGUGACCGGCCCAUUGAAGGAGAAACAGAUUGCAUACGUGUGCAGAGAGACCCUCCAGGGUUUGUAUCAUCUGCAUGAAACGGGCAAAAUGCAUAGAGACAUCAAGGGCGCCAACAUCCUUUUGACAGAGCGAGGAGACGUCAAACUUGCGGAUUUUGGUGUGGCUGCAGAGAUCAGCGCUUCUGUGGCCAAAAGGAAGUCUUUCAUAGGAACGCCCUACUGGAUGGCUCCAGAGGUGGCGGCCGUGGAGAAGAAGGGUGGCUAUAACCACCUGUGCGACAUCUGGGCCGUCGGCAUAACAGCCAUCGAGCUGGCCGAGCUCCAGCCCCCCAUGUUUGACCUCCACCCAAUGAGGGCUUUGAUGUUGAUGUCCAAGAGCAGCUUUCAACCACCAAAGCUAAAGGAGAAAACUAAAUGGUGUCCGGCCUUCCAGAGCUUUGUGAAGAUGGCGCUCAUCAAAAACCCUCGCAAAAGGCCAUCCGCUGAGACGCUGCUACAGCAUCCGUUCGUGACGCAGUUGUUGACGCGCAACCUGGUCAUUGAGCUACUGGACAUGGCCAACAACCCCGAGCUGCACACCUCGCACGACAUGGACGACAACGAACUGGAGAUUGGGAUCGAUGCGCCCGACAAGAUCCGCUCUGCAGGGAAACAUCUGCCUGUGGAGAGGACCGUGUCAGAAGAGCAAUUUGACCAAGUGAAAUUUGGACCCCCACUGAGAAAAGUCACUGAACCCUACCCUGAUUUGCAGGGCUCCUACGAUGACGACUGGAGUCUGUCUGGAGAUGAAGACAACUCACCGAGCCUGUUGGAAUGUGUGGAGCAAGCUCUGCAGCUGAGGAGUUUAACCAUUAGGAGGGCGCCAUCUGCUGAUGGAGGGAAGAGAAGCGGUUUAUUCAGCCCGACGACAGCCUCCCUGCCAGCCUUUUGCUCUCUCAGCGUCAACACAAGCGACAGAGAUGCGACACAGAGGCCGAUCUGUACGUUGGGUCCGGAUGCUUCUGUCACGUCGGCCUCCACCGGCUCAUCUGAAGUUUUGGCAAGGUGCUCGGCCACACAAGACAUCAGGCAGCGCUGCAGUGACCCAUAUCUGCCUGCGGGGGGCGCUUUGACUGCCAGCACUGUCUGCUCCCCCAAAAAAGAGACUCCGCUCUCGCCUGAAUGGAGCACGCUGAGGAAGACUGAAGACUCUAGGGCUGAUUUUCAUGGACUUCCUCCUACCCCCCAAGUCCAUAUGGGGGCCUGCUUCUCCAAAGUCUUCAAUGGCUGCCCUCUCAAAAUCCACUCUGCUGUCACCUGGAUUUUCCCCAAAACGAGAGAUCAGUACCUUAUUCUUGGCACAGAGGAGGGGAUCUAUACACUCAACCUGAAUGAACUUCAUGAGGAUACGCUAGAGAAGUUGCUCCCUCAGAGAUGCACGUGGUUGUACGCUAUGAACAACGUGCUGAUGUCCGUAUCAGGGAAGUCGUCUCAGCUUUAUUCCCACAGUCUGACCGCUCUCUUCGAGCAGAAGGGACACUUGCAGAAGAAACACAGCAGUCUGUCGCUCGGCACAAGUCGUUUCACAGAGAGGAUCGGCACCAGAAAGUUUUCCUUAUCGGUGAAGAUCCCUGACACUAAAGGCUGCAGGAGAUGUAGUGUAGCUAGAAACCCCUACACGGACAGUACUUUUUUGUGCGGAGCGGUUCCAUCUGGCCUUGUUCUGCUUUUGUGGUAUGAGCCCCUCCAGAAGUUCAUGCAUCUAAAGCACAUAACCACAAGGCUACCGGACUCUCUGCCGAUAUUUGAGCUGCUGGUGUUGGUCACCGACGAGUUUCCUCAGCUAUGUGUCGGGGUGAGAGGCUGCACCAAUGGGAACCAAUCCGCCAGCCAGAAACUCAAGUUUGAUAUCAUCGAGCUGAAUGGCACGCCCAUUUCAGAGCCAGAAAAUGGUGAAGUCAAGGCCGUCCAGGUCAGCCAGUUGGACAGAGACACUGUUCUCAUUGCAUUAGAAAAAAGCGUGAAGAUUGUCAACCUGCAGGGUCUUCCAUCCGAAGAGUUUGCUGCUGAAAUGGUCUUUGACUUCCCCAUUGAGACACUCGUUUGCUUGCAGGACAGUGUAUUAGCUUUCUGGAAGCACGGCCUUAAAGGGAAGAGUUUUCACUCUAAUGAGGUCACCCAAGAGAUUACAGACGAGAGUCGAGUAUUCCGAGUUUUGGGAACUAACAGAGACAUCAUUCUCCAGAGCACACCGACCGACGACCCAUCAGCCCUUAGCAACGUCUACAUUCUGACAGGCCAUGAGAGCAGCGUUUGACAGCAUGGAUGAGAUUGUCCUUCCAAAUCCCAGCAAGAAAAAUGAGGACGAUUUUGGAUUUUAUGUGAAACAUAUCAAAAUAUAAUUAUUACUUUAUUUCUACAGCACUUUUCAUAGAAGCAACACAAAGUGCUUUGCACCAGUUUAAAUAGAAACUAAAGGGAACACACACACACACACACACACACACUGUGAUUGCCAACAGCAUAUGGGCUUACUGUAUAUUGUACUGGAAGACUUUAAAAACUCUGAGUUUAAUUAACAAACAGGGAAAAAGGCUAUUUUUAAAUUCAAUUUCCCAGCCAAAUUGUGGAGUAGAUGGCAUCCACAAAUUUUGAGUGUACAAGAGCUUGGCAUCAAAGGAUCGUCAAUAGUCACCAGUACAGAUAACAACAACAUCAAGAAUGUCCCAACAACGAAAGUAGAAAAAGGAUCAACUUGAAUCGUCUUGAUCGCAAACAGAAAACAAAUGAGGAAAAAUUAUCUGGGACUGGUGAAGCAGCCAUGGGACAACACCAACAAAACCGGAAAAGCCGCCAAAAUAAAGGCACAGGACAGGAACUAACGCAAAACACGGGAGAACACUAACACAACCCAACAUAAAAGGCUGUAACCAGCCGUGACACUGUAGCUGUAAUUGAAUUUGAGUACACUGCCUGUUGACGCUAUGAGAGACGAUGAGAUCCAUCACAAUUAUGCAAUUACUGUCAUACCAGAUUGAAUGAGGCCAAGUGUUGUCACCGUGAUUAUGACUCAAAAUCCCCAAAUAAUGGUGUCAUUUUAUUAGACUGUCAAAGAGACGAUGUAAUGCCAAUAGCCAAACAUACUUCCUCUCGACAAGCAGACCCUUUCUCAUAGAUUUUUUCCCGACUGGACUCACGAAAGAAAUUGAAAAGGGAAUCUUCUUUUUGACCUAUGUAAUGUCAUUCACACUACAUUAAAUUUGUUUUGUAUCAUAUUUAUAUUAUUUAUGCAAUGUGCACUGUACAGUUAAGGCCCACCUAUCCCCCAGAGAUACUUGAAAGACAUAUAGCUUUUCUUUUUGAAGUAACUGUAUAAGAAAUAAAUACAUUUGGUGUUCAUAAUGGUUUUACACUGUAUGCUCUCAAAGUGUAAGAGAGGAUUUGUAAAUGUGAACUGUUUUUUUUUGAAGAUUUAGAUAUGCUGAUAUACUGCAUUCAUGUAUGAUUAAAUAUCUUAAUAUUACAAUGAGGAUUAAUAC